GCUUUGACGGAGUAACAUGGCGGCGGCUAAGAGGCAACGUGGAGCCGGCAAAGGAGCCCUUGCGGGACCGAAGAGAAAACGUGUUAAGAAAGGUCCGGAGAGAAAGGAGGAGAAGGAAGAUCCGUCCUCUGUAGCCAAUGCGGGCCAGGACGAGCAUUAUAUACCUCCCCCGGUGUCGCAGGGCAAAUGGCAAAACAAAGAGAGAGUGCUCAUUUUCUCUUCCAGAGGAAUAAAUUUUAGGACAAGACAUUUGAUGAAAGACUUGCGAAUGCUAAUGCCCCAUUCUAAAGCAGACACCAAAAUGGACAGGAAGGAUAAGCUGUUCAUCAUUAACGAGGUCUGUGAAAUGAAAAACAGCAAUAAGUGCAUAUUUUUUGAAGCAAAAAAGAAGCAGGAUCUUUAUAUGUGGCUUUCAAAUGUACCCCAUGGGCCAUCAGCCAAGUUUUUAGUACAAAAUAUUCAUACACUGGCUGAGCUGAAGAUGACUGGAAACUGUUUGAGAGGCUCCCGACCACUUCUGUCUUUUGAUGCAGCUUUUGACCAGGACCCCCAUUAUGCUUUGCUGAAAGAGCUGUUUAUUCAGAUCUUUAGUACUCCACAAUAUCAUCCCAAAAGCCAGCCUUUUGUAGACCACGUCUUCACAUUCUCCAUAGCAGACCACAGGAUUUGGUUUCGAAAUUACCAGAUCAUAGAAGAAGAUGCAGCCCUUGUAGAAAUUGGGCCUCGCUUUGUUUUAAACCUCAUCAAGAUCUUCCAGGGCAGCUUUGGAGGACCAACCCUGUAUGAAAAUCCUCAUUACCAAUCUCCAAAUAUGCACCGGCGGGCAGUAAGAUUGGCCACAGCUGCUAAAUUCAGAGAAAAGCAACAAAUGAAAGAGCUACAGAAGCUGAGGAAAAAGGAAGAGAAGCCACUUAUUCCUGACGAUCCCACAGAAAGCGUAUUUGAAACGCCGGCUGAAGAAAAGCCAAUGGAGAUAGAACUGGUGAAACCAGAGCCAAAAAUUAACUUGAAAAAGAAAACAAAAAUGCACCAGCGUGAGAGGAAGUUGAAGAAAAAACUUGGUGGAAUUGCGGCAUAGAAUAUUGAAGUGGGGAUGGGUGGGUUUGAAAAACUAACCAGGACUUGAGAAUGUGGGCGUUUAAUCAGUUUUUUCCUACACUUUUUUGGUAAACGAAUUUGCGUAUAGUAAUCUUUUAAACUGUUAUGGGCUGGUCUUGUAAUAUUUUCCAAAUAACAUUUUUAGUGGUGCCCCUCAUUAAAUGUGUUAACAUGG